UUAACAGUUGCUGACAGUUACAAAGGAAUGGUCAAACACCAAUCACCAAAUAGAAACUCCCAUUAAUAAUCCUCAUUAUUAUUUAGCUCCCUUCAUUUUUCACCAUUUUCACCAUUAUCGAAUUCAACUCAUUGUACCAUCGGCACAAACCAAUCAACCCUCCACGGCGGCGAGGCGACCACCCUCUUUCAAGGUUGCCUCCGCCGAUCACCACCACCACCAUCACCACCCACACGUCCUUCCCUACCUACUCAUCAAUUCUUCUUCUUGAACAAAUAUAAAUAAAGCGCCACCCUUUUGCCUAUAAAAUAUUAUAUAGAGAUAGAUAUAUAUACAUAUACAUAUAGAUACUUUCAUGCAUUGAUAGGUGUAAAUAUACACAUUGAAUCGAUCGAAUAUAUACACAAAAAGUAUACAUGGGAGAGGUGGAGCAACGUGUGCAGAUGCAGGAGGUAGAUGCGAAGUUGCAGCAGCACAUUACGUUUGCAGAAGAUGCGUUGAAGAAAAGGAAGCGGUUUUUGUCGAAGCAGUUAUCGCUGUGUGCGGCGCCGCGAGACAUCGCAUGGGAGAGGAAGAAGAAGCAAGAGGGGAGGACGAGGACGAGGACAAGGAGGAACAGUUUUCAUCACUGCGACGACGUCACCGACGAUGACCUUCACGAGCUCAAAGGCUGCAUAGAAUUAGGGUUCGGUUUCAACGAGGAAGACGGCCAGACACUCUGCGACACCUUGCCUGCUCUCGAUCUCUACUUCGCCGUCAACCGCCAGAUGUCACCGGUCUCCACCCCUAACGGCCGCGCCUCUUCUUCCUUUGGCAGCACCAUCAACGCUAUACCACCUGACUCUGAUUCUUGGAAGAUUUGUAACCCAGGGGACGACCCUGAACAUGUAAAGACGAAGUUAAGGCAUUGGGCUCAGGCUGUAGCUUGUUCUGUAAUGCAGUUUCAUUGAGGUGUGGAAUUUUUGUACAGAAGAAGAUAUAUGUUCUAGAUAAGCACAGAGAAAGAGCAAGAAGGCCAAAAACAGAAUCUGAAAUCUUGCUUUCGUUUCUGGACACUUCAAAAACAACCAAAACACAAAACAAAACCGUGUUACUUUCUGUCGGGGUUUUUUUUUCGGAGCUUUUCCUUUUUACGUUUUUAUAGAUAUGUUUUUCGUAUGUCUCUCCGAGGUCUAUCCAUGUAUACAGGUUUGAGCCACUGGUAAAUACU